UUAUGCAACCGGGCCCAGAGCUCUCGCUGAAACUGCCUCAGCAACACAUGCGAAGCAGCAUCACGCGAGAACUCGAUGUAAACAAACAAGUCUGUGUGGAGCGAAAUCGGGUUUUGUGUCUUAAUGAGCACGGUCACGACAGUAUCAUUAUUGUCUGACAAUAAGUAUUGUUUAACUAUGGCUAAUCAAAUGUAGCUGUUAAUAAAAUAUAACCAUUUCAUAAUCAUACCCAAAAAAUAAUCUACGAGAUUCCACCAAAUUAAAUUGAGACGAAACGGUAUUAUUGUUCACUCUGAUUGGUCGAGGACCUUCAACACCCGCCUCUGUCUUACCCGGAUUGGCUUGAUGAACGCACAGGAAUGCUGCCAUUGGUCUCUUCAACACUUUCACUGCUUUCCCAGUGUUUUGUGGCAUUUGCUAAUCAGCUUCGUUGAACUAAACAAGCUAGUUAGAAAACAACACACUAGGAUAAAGACUUGGAGACAAAAUGGCAUCAGACUCCCCGCGCAGACCAAGCCGCUGUGCUGGAGGGGUUGUGGUGCGAGCACAAGCUGCCACUGAACAGUCGUAUAUGGAGAGUGUUGUGACCUUCCUCCAAGAUGUGGUCCCUCAGGCAUACACUGGUGCACCCCCAACUGAUGAAAAAGAGAAAAUAGUUUGGGUCAGAUUUGAGAAAGCUGACCUCAAUGAUAUGUCACGCUCCCCAGAGUUCCUGGAGAUGCACAGUGGCAGCAGUGACCCUCCUCUCUGCCUCAUGAUUGGUUACGCCGACGGGAUGCAGAUCUGGAGCAUAUCUCUGGGUGGGGAGGCCCAGGAGCUAUUCUCUGUGCGCCACGGACCUGUGAGAGCUGCCCACAUCCUGCCAGCGCCCCAUAUCAGUCCGCUGAUGAUUGAUGGUUUUGCAGACAAGAGGCCUCUCCUGGGGGUGUGCAAGAGCACCGGGUCCUCGGGGACCAGCCCCCCAUACUGCUGUGUGGACCUGUACUCUCUGAGGACAGGGGAGAUGGUCAAGUCCAUCCAGUUCAAGACGCCCAUCUAUGACCUACACUGCAACAAGGAGAUUCUAGUUGUCGCCCUGCAGGAGAAGAUUGCUGCGUUCGACAGCUGCACCUUCACCAAAAAGUUCUUUGUUACAAGCUGCUUUCCCUGUCCGGGCCCCAACCUAAACCCCAUAGCACUGGGAGGACGCUGGCUAGCCUACGCUGAGAAUAAGUUGAUCCGGUGUCACCAGUCUCGAGGCGGUGCCUGCGGGGACAAUGCCCAGUCUUACACAGCUACAGUCAUCAGCGCUGCUAAAACCCUAAAGACUGGUCUAACCAUGGUGGGAAAGGUGGUGACCCAGCUAGCUGGUACUCUACCCACUGGCACCCCCGACGAGGAGGGUGCUACCCCCCACAGCACCACCCGCCGAAGCCCCCAUGCCCCCGGAGUCAUCACUGUCAUCGACACACACAACGUCGGAGAAGGACAGGUCCUGGUGAGUGAGGACUCAGAUGGAGAGGGAGUGGUGGCCCACUUCCCAGCCCAUGACAAACCCAUAUCCUGCAUGGCAUUCAACCCCAGCGGCAUGCUGCUGGUGACUGCAGACACCCUGGGCCAUGACUUCCAUGUGUUCCAGGUCCUCACACACCCCUGGGCCUCCAACCAGUCUGCUGUCCACCACCUCUACACACUGCACCGCGGAGAGACUGAGGCCAAGGUCCAGGACAUCUGUUUCAGCCAGGACAGUCGCUGGGUGGUGAUCAGCACACUGCGUGGCACCUCCCACGUCUUUCCCAUCAACCCCUACGGUGGCGCGCCCUGCGCCCGCACACACAUGUCCCCCCGCGUGGUCAACCGCAUGUCCCGCUUCCAGAAGAGUGCAGGGCUGGAGGAGAUAGAGAAUGAACUGAACAGCAAGCAGGCCGGAGGAGGGAGGUGCAGCCCCAUCCCCGGGCUCUCCAGCAGCCCCUCAGGGUCCCCACUACACGCUAAACUCACCAGCCAGGAGUCGUACAAUAACUUCACCAACAACAACAUGGGUAACCCUCGUCUGUCCCCUCUGCCCAGCCUCAGCAUGGUGCUGCCCCUGGCACAGAUCAAACAGCCCAUGACCCUGGGCACCAUGACCAAGCGCUCCGGACCUUACCUCUUUGGGGCAGGAUGUUUUGCCAUUAAAACUCCAUGCAAAGCCAAGCCUCCCCCUCAGAUCUCUCCCAGUAAGUCCAGUGGAGGAGAGUUCUGUGUGGCUGCUGUCUUUGCUGCCUCACGCUCCUGGUACAUGACCAACCCCAACAUGAAGAGAGAGAAAGACCAGUCCAGCCGUUCAGUGGUGGAGUCCCUCUACAUCCUCAGUUGCUAUGGCACCCUGGUGGAGCACGUCCUGGAGCCUCGGCCAAUCAGCACAGCCCAGAAGAUUAGCGAUGACACACCACUGGAGCUCAACACAUGUCCACGGGCCUGCUGGAGCCUGGCCAGGACUCCUCUGUGGAAUGAGCUGCAGCCUCCUUUCCUCUCCAACCACCCCCUGGUGCUGGCCUCUGACCUGGUGCAGUAUUACCAAUACCUCCUGGCUGGAUUGGUGCCCCCUGGAAGCCCUGGCCCUAUCACGCGCCACGAGUCUUACGACAGCCUGACGUCGGAUCACAGCGGACAGGAGGACGAGGAGUGGCUCUCACAGGUGGAGAUAGUGACCCACACAGGGCCUCACCGUCGACUGUGGAUGGGUCCUCAGUUCCAGUUUAAGACCAUCCACCCAUCUGGUCAGACUACGGUCAUCUCCUCCUCCUCCUCCGUGCUGCAGUCCCAGGGCCCCAGCGACAUUCAACAGCCUCUGUUAGACUUCGACACUGACGACCUGGACCUACACAGUCUCAGGAUCCAGCCGGUGCGUUCUGAGCCGGUCAGCAUGCCUGGUUCCUCUCGGCUGGUGGCUGAACGGAGGGGACAGGGGACAGUCAUUGAUACAGGAUCAGGGACGUUUGACCGCAGUGUGACCCUGCUGGAGGUGUGUGGCAGCUGGCCAGAGAGCUUUGGCCUGCGUCACAUGAGCUCUGUUGAGUCCACCGAGGAGGGGCUGAGAGAGAGGUUGGCAGACGCCAUGUCAGAGUCACCAUCCAGAGACAUAGUGGGCUCUGCUACCGAGCUCCAGAGGGAGGGCAGCAUUGAGACUCUCAGCAACAGCUCUGGCUCCACCAGCGGCUCCAUCCCCCGUAACUUUGAGGGCUACCGCUCUCCACUGCCCACCAACGAGAGCCAGCCCCUCAGCCUCUUCCCCUCCGGAUUCCCCUAGAGGAGACAGCCUGCCUACUGCCCUACAAGACCUGGGGUCAAAUACUAUUUGAAAUCUUUCAAAUGCUUUGAGUGUUUGCUUUAGUCUGGCUGGAGUGCCAGAUGGGAGGGGGUUGCAACUAUUCUAUUGGUUCCAUUGCGCCAGACAAGCUCAAUAAAGGCCAGAUAAAGUAUUUGAAAUUAUUUUUUAAAGUAUUUCAUCCCAGGUCAGCUACCUACCGUCCAUCCUACUGCUUCACACAGCACAGCCAGACAAUCCUGAUGUCUUCUGGUCUCUCGCCAUGUUGAUGUUCAUUAGGAUGUUAUUGUGUGCAGUGGUCCUCUCCUCUCUCUCUCCAAAUCCAGAAACUGUCCAGUGUUACUCCCACCUACCGAUGUGUUUCUGUGUGUGGGGGAUGAUGUGUCACAUUGCGUGUGUUUCAUUUUGGAUGUGUGUGCUGUUCCGAGUGUGUGUUGUUUGCCUGUGUGUAUUAGUAGUGAGAGAGAAGGCCGAGGCAGGGUGCGUUGAGUGAGCAGUGUGUCACUCAGUCCCUCCUGUGUGUGUGUGUAUAAAAAGUGCCCUGAUGAUUAUGGCUGAGUCCCAAAUAGCACCUAUUCCCUAUAUAG